CUAGUUACCCGCCCACCAUCACAGUCAGCAUCAACCGAGGCAUCAACAGCAAAACCAACAACAUGGAAACUGAUUCCUUGACUGUCAGUACCUCUUCACCUCUUUUAGUUCGUGCAAGGAGUGCCAACGAGAAGCAGUGUUGGGUGUGUUUUGGGACACCAGAAGAUGAAGGCAGUGAGGAAGAAGAGUGGACAAGCCCUUGUCGUUGCUGUGGAGGUACAAAAUGGGUUCACCAGUCCUGCCUACAGCUCUGGAUAGACGAGAAACAGAAGAUGUCCUCCUCGAUAUCAGUCGUGUGCCCACAAUGCCAGUUUGCUUAUCGGAUACAAUACCCAACGUCCAACCCUAUAAUAUUCAUAUAUGACAUGGUAGAGAGGACCAUUACGUAUUUCUCUCCCCUAGUCUUAGCUGGUGUCACAGCUACGACUCUCUACUGGGCAUCCUUCACAUACGGGAUAAUAGCCAUUGCAAUGGCGAUGGGUCGAGAGCAAGCGCUUGAGUUUUUCAAGUCACCAGAGUCAACCGUAGCAGUGGUCUGUCUCCCCAUCGUCCCUUGGAUAAUUGUGACUGUGAAGAUAAUCCGGCCAGAAGUCAUCUUCCUCAAGUGUUUGUAUAAGUACUUACUUCCUCUCCUGGCAAGACUAUUGAAAGGUCUCUCUCUCGCUUCUCUCCCAACGAGGAGGCGUCAUUUCCAACAAGCUGAGGUACAGCCGCUGUCUUACAUAUCGCGCUGUUUCGUGAGCAUGGCUGCCUUGCCAUUCAUCUCUUCAGCCCUUGGACACUUAUUGUUCAGAUUCAUGAAUAAUGGUGUGAAGAGAACGCUACUGGGCGGUACUCUUUACUUGAGCAUGAGCUACACACUGAAAGUUAUCCUUGAACAUCACAAAGGACGUGUCAUUUGAUCAAUGACUCAUUAACAUACUGACUAUUCAGAUUUAAACACACACACACACUACUCUUGCAUUACUAUACAAGAUAUUAUUGUUAUUAUUAUUUGUGGUUUUAAAUCAGUAUGUAUUAAAGUAA